CAAAGAUUUUCGGUUUUCGUUGAUCAUGUGAUUUAACCAUUUUUUUUUUAAACAUACAAUAUAUACAAUACUGAUAUACAAUAUUGAAUUCUUCACAUUUUUCGGUUUAAAAUAUGGAAUAUUAUGAUUAUCGUGUUGUUGUUGGUAUCGAUUUCGGAACCACUCAUUCGGGUUUCGCAUACGCACAUAAAAGAAUUAAAACUAUUAUUGUACAUUCAGAAUGGCAAGAAUAUUAUGGAUUAUAUAAAAUUCCAACAAUAUUAUUAUAUGAUGAUAAAUAUGAAAAAGUUCAAUCAUGGGGUUUUAAUGCUUUAAAAGAAAAUAUUGAUAAUAAUAAAAAACCUAUUGAAUUAUUUAAAUUAUAUUUAAGUAGAAUGAAAAAUAAACCUUUUUUACCAAAUGGUUUUGAUUAUAAAAAAGCUAUUAUUGAUUAUCUUCAUGAAAUGGGUGAAAUUAUAAAACAUGUUAUAAUAAAUGAUUGGAUUGAUUUUUAUAAUCAAGUUUUAAUCGUUUUAACGGUUCCCGUUGAAUUUGAUCAUACUUCAAUUGCUAUUAUGAGAGAAUGCGCUUUUAAAGCAGGAUUAUUGAAGGAUCAAUAUAGUCGAAAUUUGAGAUUUAUAACUGAGCCUGAAGCAGCUGCGAUUCAUUGUAUGAAAUUUUUAAAUGAGAAUUUAUCAGUUGGCGAAACAUUUAUGGUGGUUGAUUGUGGAGAUAAUACAAUAGAUUCAACAACUAUUCUUUUCUUGGAAGAUGAAGAAUUAAAUAUAAUGACGGAAAGAAGUAGAAAUGAUUGUGGUGAUAAUUUCAUAGAUCAAGAAUUUCUUAAAUUUUUAGAACUUAAAGUUGGAUCUACUACGAUUAAUCUUGUUAAAGAAAAUCAUUAUGAUCAACUUCAAUAUAUGUUAAAAGAAUUUUAUAGAAAAGUUAAAAUGGAUUUUACGGGAAUUCAAUCAGAAUUUCGUCCUAUCGAUUUGGAAUUAGAUGAACUUUGUCCCGCUUUAAUACAAUAUUGUGAUGAAAAAUAUCUUGAUAAUAUGAGAAAAGUUGAAUGGAAUAUCAAAUUAAAAUUUGAAGAUAUUAAAUCAAUGUUUGAUCCAAUUAUAGAAAAGAUUUUAAAAUUAAUUGACCGUUCAAAUAAUAAUAAUUGUAAUUUAUUAUUAUUAAUUGGUAUAUUAAGUGAAUCAAAAUAUUUAAAAUUAAGAAUUAAUCAAGAAUUUAAUAAUAAAAUACCAAUUACUUAUGUACCACCUAAUCCUAUUACUUCCAUUAUGGAAGGAGCUGUUCAAUAUGGGUUGAAAUGGAUUUAUGAUCCUGAACGUAAUAGCGAUGGCGGUGCGUUAGUGAGUGCUGCGCCAUAUAUCAACAAUAUGCGGUUUCAAUUAACACAAUCAUAUGAUACUAUCAAAAAUCUCGAAGAGGAAAAGAAAAAGUUUCAAGAUGAGUUUCAUGAAUCUAAUAAUAAUUUAAACGAAUAUAAAAUAUUAUAUGAUAAUUUAAUGCAAAAAUAUGAUGAAUUAGUGAAUAAAUAUGAAGAAAAAGAACAACGUUUAAAUAAUAUUCAGAUUCAAUUUUCUGAUACCAUUAUGAAACUUGAAGAAGAAAAGAAAAUAUUCCAAGAAGAAAUUCAAGAAUCAAAUAAUAAUUUAAAUGAAUAUAAAACAUUGCACGAUAAUUUAAAGAAAAAAUAUGAUGACUUAGUGAAUGAAAACGAAGAAUAUAAAGAAAAAGAACAACGUCUAAAUAAUAUUCAGAUUCAAUCUACCGAUACCAUUAAGAAGCUUGAAGAAGAAAAGAAAAUAUUUCAAGAAGAAAUUCAAGAAUCAAAUAAUAAUUUAAAUGAAUAUAAAACAUUGCACGAUGAUUUAAAGAAAAAAUAUGAUGACUUAGUGAAUGAAAACGAAGAAUAUAAAGAACGAAAACAGGAUCUAAAAGAAAUGCAGAUUCAAUCUUUCGAUACCAUUAAAAAACUUGAAGAAGAAAAGAAAAUAUUCCAAGGAGAAAUUCAAGAAUCAAAUAAUAACUACGAUAAUUUAAAGAAAAAGUAUGAUGACUUAGUGAAUGAAUAUAAAGAAAAAGAACAACGUCUAAAUGAUGUUCAGAUUCAAUCUUCCGAUACCAUUAAAAAACUUGAAGAAGAAAAGAAAAUAUUCCAAGAAGAAAUUCAAGAAUCAAAUAAUAACUACGAUAAUUUAAAGAAAAAGUAUGAUGACUUAGUGAAUGAAUAUAAAGAACAAGGACAACAUCUAAAUGAUAUUCAGACUCAAUCUUCUGAUACCAUCAAGAAACUUGAGAAAAAACAUCAAGAUGAUAUUCAUGAAUAUGAUAAUAAUCAUAAAUCAUUAUAUGAUAAUUUACAAGAAAAAUAUAUAGAAUUAACGAACAAAAACAAUGAAGAGUCAAAUCAACAUGAAAAAUUAAAAAAUGAAAUGCAUCAAAUUAAUAAUAUUAAUCAACAAUAUAUUGAAAAAAUUGAUCAAUUACGACAAUCUU